AGUUUCUAAACAUCUGUCAAGUACAUGGCUUUCCUAAAAUUAUGGGAGUUCUCACCCACCUCGACUCCUCCAAGCAUAAUAAGAAACGGAAGAAGACAAGCGAUUAAAACACAGGUUCUGGACGGAAGUUUACCCGGGUGCCAAGCUGUUCUGCCUUUCUGGAAUGGUGCAUGGAGAAUAUCAAAACCAAGAAAUGCACAAUCUGGGCCGUUUUAUUCCAGUUAUGAAGUUUAGGCCUCUCACAUGGCAAACUUCUCACCCUUAUGUCCUGGCAGACAGGAAUAGAAGAUUUUGCCAUGCAUGACAUCAGUUUCCUCCCAGACCCUUGCACUCUUCCUGAACAAUGAAAGAAGCGCUGUUUAAAUGAGAAGGAGAAGGUGGUUUAUGUGCCUCUUUCUGGAGUUGGGCGAGUGCUGUAUGACAAAGACGCGGUCUAUGUUGACCUUAGUGGCAGCCACGGUUUUCAGGCAUCGGAUGAGGUGGGGCCCACCCAUGAGCUGGUCCAGAGUCUCAUCUCCACCAUUGAUGCCAAGAUGACUUCAAGUCGGUGUCAGAGAUGGCUUUGGAUUCCCAGUUCUGUGUGUUCCUGUCUAGCUCCCGAACCCAGCUGGAGAGGUGUGUCAGUCCCAACUGGUGAAGUACUGAGAGGAAGCUACACAAAAGGCAGCAAGGGACAGCCCUGAGUUUGACCAGCAGCAGGGGUCAGUGUGCCCCUCGGAGUCCAAGAUCUAUGAGACAGGAGCGCCCAUGGCUGCUGCUGUACAGCCUGCUGCAGUGACUGUUGAAGUUGGUGAGGACCUCCACAUGCACCACAUCCAUGACCAGGAGAUGCCUGAAGCUUUGGAGUUUAAACCUGCCAAUUCAGAAGCAAGCACAAUAUUCCAUGGGAACUCUCAAACAGAUGCUUUGGAGUUUAACCCUCCUGCCAAUCCAGAGGCAACCACAAUAUUCCACAGGAACUCUCAAACAGAUGUUGUAGAAAUAAGAAGAAGCAACUAUACAAACCACGUAUCUACUGUGCGUUUCAGUCAACAAUACAGCUCAUGUUCGACAAUACUCCUUGAUGACAGCACAGCCAGCCAGCCUUAUCUUACAAUGACAAUAAUAUCAGUGACCUUGGAGAUACAUCAUGAUAUCACGCAAAGAGAUGCAGAUGGAUCUUUGAGCAUAUCUGAUGAGAAGUUAUACUCAUUUACGGUGGAGUCUCUCUCUGUAGCCCAGGCUGGAGUGCAGUCAUGUGAUCUCGGCUCCCUGCAGGCUCUGCCUCCCAGGUCCCUGUUCAAGCAGAAACCUGAACCAAGUGAACAAGUUCAACAUCAUCAGUAAGAAGAACUAUCAGUGCCAUAACUCUGAUGGAAUGCACGGGGAAGGAUUCCACAUCAUUUUUGUACUGUAAUGGCCAAAAGUGCAUAACUUCAGUCCAAUCAUGGAAAUACAUCAGAAAAACCCAAAUCGAGGAACAUUUGACAAAUACUGAUCAGUACUGGUUCAAAGUGUCACGGUUAGGAAAGGUAAGGAAAGACUGAGGAACUGUCACUGCAGUCCUACAAAAUGUCAAGAGACUAAGAAAUAACUAAAUGCCCCGUGAUCCUGGAUGGCAUUUGGGAACAGAAAAAGGACAUUAGUGGAAAAA